AUGGAGUUCAAAAUUUUUAGAGUAGCUCUCUUGCAACUCAAAGCUUCAGUGAACUCCUCAUAUGUUGAUAUCUUGACAUACGAUUGGGAAGGGAGAAAUUGCUGCAAUUGGGAACAUGUUGUGUGCGACAACACUACAGGGCGUGUAAUCGAGCUUCAUCUUGGCAAUUUCUUCACUUUCAUUACCUUAAAUGCCUCUCUGUUUGUUCCCUUUCAAGAGCUUAAGUACCUCGAUUUGAAAUGGAAUAAGAUAUCUGGAUGGGCUCCAAAUGAAGGUUUUGAAAGAUUGUCCGGAUUGAGCAAGCUAGAGGUGCUUGACUUCACUGGGAAUCACUUCAAUGAAAGCUUCCUGUUAUCCCUUGGUCAGAUCUUAUCGCUCAAGGAACUAUAUUUGGGUUACAACCGAUUAGAUCUUAUCCUAAUCUCAGGUUUUGAAAGAUUAUCCAGAUUGAGCAAGCUAGAGGUGCUUGACUUCAGUGGGAAUUACUUCAAUGAAAGCUUCCUAUCAUCCCUUAGUCAGUUCUUAUCGCUCAAGAAACUAUAUUUGAGAAACAACCUCUUAGAUCGACCAAUCAAUAUCCCAAUCUCGGAGUUGGGAAGACUAAAGAACCUACAGGAGUUGUAUUUGGAGGGUUCCCAUAUUGACAAAAGGUUCCUCAGUAAAGUUGGAGUUAUGACUUCCCUUGAUGUAUUGACAAUAUCAUACUGUGGACUCAAUGGAAGUUUGCCCAUCGUUCAAGGCUUGUGUGAGCUUAUGAAUCUACAAGAGUUAGAUCUCAGCCAUAAUGAUUUUGAAGGGAUGCUGCCUUCAUGUUUGGCAAACAUGACACAACUUCGAAUAUUUGAUAUCUCUUCAAAUCGCUUUAAUGGAAGCAUUGAUCUCUCCCCUCUACCUAGUUUGAAGUCACUUGAGUACCUUGAUUUAUCACAUAAUUACUUCAACCCAAUCACAUUCUCCUCAUUUUUUAAUCUCUCAAAGCUUCAGGUCAUAUUUAGUGAUGGCAACAAACUAGUUGAUGAAACUCUGUCUCAAAGAUGGGAUCCGGGCUUCCAAUUAAAGGGUUUCAGUUGUUCAAGCUGCUUAUCUAACAAGUUUGUUAGAAUAACUCCUAGAUUCCUUCAUUAUCAGUUCAACUUGCAUAUUAUAAAUCUCCCUCACAUCAAUUUGGCAGGAAAGUUCCCCACAUGGUUGCUAGAAAACAAUACAAGGUUGGAGGUUCUCAAUUUGAGAAAUAACUCUUUUACAGGCACUUUUCAGCUGCCCAGUCAUCAUAUUCCCAACCUUUUGACUUUAGAUAUUUCAUUUAAUCAUAUUCAAGGUCCAAUUCCAACUAACUUUGGUUUAAUUUUUCCGAAUUUAGAGGUUUUAAAUAUUUCUAAAAAUGAAUUUGAAGGUGUUAUUCCUUUUUCUUUUGGUAAUUUGGCCUCCUUAACAUAUUUAGACAUGUCAAGCAAUAAUUUUUCUGGAACAAUUCCAGAGAAUUUGACAAUGGGUUGCUCCUACUUAUACCACCUUAGAUUGUCCAAAAAUCAUUUGAGUGGCCAAUUAUUUCCUGCCAAUUCGAAUCUACUAGCCCUAAAAUCUUUGUAUUUGGACAACAACCACUUUUCAGGAGAGAUCUCAGAUAGCAUAUCUAAUCUAACUUUCUUGGAAGUAAUUGAUUUCAGUAAUAACAAUUUGUUAGGGAUGCUUCCAAGAUGGAUGGGGAACAUGACGUCAUUGACAGUUAUUGCUAUCGCAAAAAACCAGCUUGAAGGUCCCAUUCCAGUUGAGUUAUGUUACUUGAAAUCUCUUGCGUUUCUUGGCCUUUCUCAUAACAAUCUGUCUGGCUCUAUACCGUCUUGCUCCAACUGGUCUGAAAUCAUACAUAUUCAUUUGAAUAAAAAUAGGCUAACCGGUCCAAUUAGCAGUGCAUUCAAUGGUUGCUCUACUUUAGUCACUCUAAAUCUUAGAGAUAACUACCUUACUGGCAACAUUCCAGAUUGGAUCGGCAACCUUUCAAGUUUGAGCAUUCUCCUCUUGAAAGCAAAUUAUUUGCAGGGAAAAAUUCCAUUUCAAAUAUGUCUUUUAGAACAACUAAGUUUGUUGGAUCUUUCCAACAAUAGUUUUUCUGGUCAAAUACCCCAUUGCUUGAGUAACAUUACAUUUGAGCCAACCAAGACAAAAUCUGAAAUACCAAGCAUUGAGUAUGUUUAUUUUAGUCGUUUCAACAUGUCGUCAUUGUUGCAAUCUGCAAUGAUAAUGAACAAACUCCCCAUAUUUGUUUUCCAUGAUCAAGAGUUUGUGUUCCAAAUGAUGGAAGUACUACAAGAAGUGGAGUUCUCAACAAAAAAUAGAAUUCUCUCCUACAAAGGUGACAUUCUCAACUACAUGUCUGGGAUUGACCUCUCAUGCAACAAAUUAGAAGGAGAAAUUCCACCCGAGCUUGGAGACCUAAGUAGCAUCCAUGCGUUGAACCUGUCAUUCAACAAUCUAAUUGGAUCAAUUCCCACAUCAUUCUCGAAACUUAAUCAAAUUGAGAGUUUGGAUCUAUCCAAUAAUAACUUGGAUGGUAUUAUUCCCCCAGAAUUGAUAGAGUUGAACUAUUUGGCCGUCUUCAAUGUGGCACACAAUAACUUUUGGGGAACAACUCCAGAAAGAAAAGCUCAGUUCGGUACCUUUGAUGAAAGCAGUUAUGAGGGAAAUCCUCUCCUGUGUGGACCUCCACUACAUAAGGCUUGCAGUAAAAUUCAACCACCAUCUAACAUUCCAACUGAUGACAAGGGAGAUGAAGCUUUUGGUUUUAUGGACUUGGAAGUUUUCUACGUUAGCUUUGCAGUGACUUACAUGACAAUGUUACUGGGAAUUGUUGCUAUUCUCUAUACAAAUCUGCACUGGCGACGGGCGUGGUUUAACUUUGUUGAAUUGUGCAUCUCCACUUGCUACUAUUUUGUUGUGAUCAACACUCGUAAGCUAGCUAGCUUUAGAAUUGUCUAG